AUUUGUGUUCAGUUGAACAACUUCUUUGUUAUUCCCUUUUUCAUCCUUCUUCUCCUUUACCUUCCUCUUGAAGAGUCGGCAUUUUCUUCGAUUUGUUGAUCUGCCUUUUCUUUUAAACAACCAGUUUUCUGAUCUCAAAUCUUGAAAUUGUCUGGGAUGAUCGAUGACGUGCUUUUGGCCAAAUAUCUCCCGAAGAGAAUCCAAGAAUUGAUUUUUCAUGAGAUGGGCUGCUUCGAAAAGCUGAGGAAACGCUGUGGAAGUUGAAAUUUUUUAUUUACAUGAAAAUAUACAUAAAACUGUGAAGAGGGAUUAGGGAAUAUUGUUGUGGGCUGAUAUGGGCGGGUGUAUUCCUUGCUUUGGAUCAUCAAAGAAGGCAGUAAGUAGUGGUAACAGUGGUAAUGUAGUGAAAGAAUUCGCCAAAAAGGAGUCUUUUAAAGAUAAAUCAGCUGUUAGUUCUAAUAGCCAUGUGAAUGGAGUGAAUUCAGAUAAAUCGAAAGGUCGGAGAAGUACUGAUACCAAGAAAGAAUUAGUGCUACCAAAAGAGCCAACAGCUAAUAUUGCUGCACAAACAUUUACGUUUCGUGAGCUUGCUGCAGCUACAAAGAACUUUAGACCUGAGUGCUUGGUUGGUGAAGGUGGGUUUGGGAGAGUUUACAAAGGCCGUCUUGAAAGCACGGGGCAGGUUGUGGCAGUUAAGCAACUUGACCGAAAUGGGCUUCAAGGGAAUAGGGAAUUUUUAGUAGAGGUUCUCAUGCUUAGCCUGUUACACCAUCCAAAUCUGGUGAACUUGAUUGGAUAUUGUGCUGAUGGAGACCAACGACUUCUAGUUUAUGAGUACAUGCCAUUGGGGUCUCUAGAAGAUCAUUUACAUGAUGUACCACCCGAUAAAGAGCCUCUCGACUGGAACACACGCAUGAAAAUUGCGGCUGGGGCAGCCAAGGGAUUGGAGUACCUUCACGAUAAGGCCAACCCACCUGUAAUAUACCGGGACCUGAAAUCUUCCAACAUUCUUCUCGAUGAAGGGUUUUUCCCCAAGCUCUCGGAUUUUGGGCUUGCAAAACUGGGACCAGUUGGCGACAAGACCCACGUCUCGACUCGCGUGAUGGGAACAUACGGAUAUUGUGCUCCCGAGUAUGCCAUGACGGGCCAGCUCACGUUGAAGUCAGAUGUCUAUAGUUUUGGUGUCGUUUUUCUCGAGCUGAUCACAGGCCGGAGAGCCAUUGAUAACACGCGGGCCGCGGGAGAGCAUAAUCUCGUUGCAUGGGCUCGGCCCCUUUUUAGGGACCGGAGAAAGUUCCCGAAAAUGGCCGACCCACUAUUGCAUGGCCACUACCCGAUGCGCGGGCUCUACCAAGCCCUGGCAGUGGCUGCCAUGUGUCUCCAGGAGCAGGCCGCCACACGGCCCCUCAUUGCUGACGUGGUCACAGCCCUUUCCUACCUGGCGUCCCAAACCUAUGACCCCAACAGUCCCACCCUCAAGCACAGUAGGCACUCGAGGAAGAACACGUCAGACAGCCUGGACGGGCCCCACAUGGGCUCACCUUCAUCCGCCCACAAGAACUCGCCCGACCUGCGGAGGAUCGAGACCAGAGUUGGAUCCGGGAGCAGGCUGGGCCCGGUUGAAUGCCAGCUGGACAGCCCGGGGAGUUCGGGCCGGGCUGGGGAGACUCCCAAGAACCCAGAGAGAGCGCGGGCUGUGGCCCUGGCAAAGGUCUGGGGGGAGAAUUUUCGGGAGAAAAAGAAAGGUAAUGCCACGGACAGCUUUGAUAGCACGAAUGAGUGAAAAUUUUUUAUUAGGAAAAGAAGGGUGAAGGGAAUGUAAGAGAAUUCACUUUUAUGGGUAAUGUCUGCUGUUUUGCAUUAUAUGUCCAGCAUUUAAGGAACACUGUGUAUUGUAGUUUUGGUUUGAACAUAGCGGAAUAUAUGAAAUUUUUUUGACUACUCCUAUGUUUGAGUGCUUGGUUUUGGUGUUUGGGCAUCAAGGAUGUGUAUGGUUCAUCUUGUGUCAUAUUGGCCCUUAAUUUGAAUGGAUCUUUGAAGUCAUAGCAGAAUAUAUGGAAUUUUUUUACUCCAAUGUUGGAGUGCUUGGUUUGGUUUGGGCACUCAAGGAUGUCUAUGGUUCAUCUUAUGUAAUAUGGCCCCAAAUUUGAAUGAAUCUUUGAAGUCCCAAUCUUAUCUAUUCCUAUC